UAAGAUUAUUUAAAGUUUUGCUUGCCCCUUGCUCCGUCAACGUCUUCUGAGUAUUUUUCGAUUUCGAUGUGAGUUCAUUAGAUUGUACGUAGUAAUUUCUAUACAUUUAAUUCAAGUGUACCAUUUGGUGGGUUAUCGAUUGCUCAGUUCGUUCAAAUAAAAUUGCUACAACGUUAAAUCAAUUUCAAGUACUUAAGUAAAGCUUCGGUGUGUAUUUUAGCUAUACGGACUAUUCAAUUAGCACAAAGCGGCUAUAACAAUUGAGAAUUUAUGUGAUUUGAACCAACCGGAGAUCGACGAUCAUCAUCACCAUGACGGAGAUUGUGGUUCAAGAACAGUUGUUGGAAUGCGCCAUUUGCAUCGAUCGAUUGGACGAAAACUGUAAAAUGCUACCAUGCCAGCAUACCUACUGCAAGACGUGCUUGGAGCAAACUUUCGAACAUGAAGGAUGCCUGAGUUGUCCUCAGUGUAGGAAACUUGUUCCGAACAUAACCAGCAGCGAUCUGAUUGAUACUUUACCGACGAAUUUAAUGUUGCUGAACCUAAUCGAACUAGUGAAAAGGAAUCCUCAAAGACCUCGAAACGAAGACGAAGAAUUGGAUAUCGCGAUAAUGAACUCGAUCAAGGAUUUUCAAAAAGAAAAAGCAGCUGAUGUUUUAUUAAAAAAUAAUGAACAGUUGCAAACUCAAUUGGCGAUGGAAAGUUCGAAACGAGAUGCCCUACUUAAAAGUGCUCAAGAUAUGAGUGAGGAGUAUAACCAAUUAUUUAUAAGCCAGAGAUCGAUUGAUGAAGAAAGCUUUAUUCGAGAAAAACGAAAUUUGCUUUCAGAAAAGGAACAGCUUGAGACGGAAGUUGCUACUUUAAAAUCUGAACAAGAGGUCAGUUUAUUGAAUCCCGACUACGUAGCAGAUUUAAUUUCUUGGUUUGAAACGAGUCUCGGCGAAUUCACACAAGAAUCGAAGAAAAAAGCUGCAGCUGCGUUGAAAAGUUUGAGGCAAGCGAAAGUAACGCAACAAAAUGGUACAAUUCAAAAACGCAUACGAACUUUAUUAGAAAAUUUGAAAACCCCUGCUCCUAAAAGUGAAAUUAAAGAUGGUGUUGCAGGCGAUUCAUCAAAAGAUGACAUGAUUGAGAAAGUUAACAAAAAAUUUGAAGAAGUGAAAUUUCUGUUGAGAAAUGAAAUCCAUUCCAAGGAGUUAAAAUCAAAAGUUGAAAAGAAUUAUUUGAGUCAGCCUCAUCAGCUUCAUCCGCCUGAAAACUCCAAAAGCGCUCACGUAUCCCAUCAUCCGUAUCCAGCUCAGCAGUUUCAUCCCUUUCCCUACACGCCACCUCACUUGAUGUCGAUUCCCACGAGUCCUACUAGACCUGUUGGAUUUACACCUAACGUUAAUCAUCAACCUACGUAUCAACCAUAUUACGGACCUUAUCCCCGUCAUUUUUUCCCUUACUAUCCUACUUAUGCUCCGACGACAGGACCUUUCGGCCCUAUGCCAUGUCCAUACCCAGGAGAUUCUCAACAGAAUCACGAUAAACCUCUUCAUCAUGCCUCAGCCUCAUUCAAAGACAAACGUGGCAGAGGUAGUCAUCAUUCGGCACCUUCGGCUGAUUUUAAGAAGUCGUCGAAUCCAAAAUUCGCUAAUAGGAAUGAUAAUCUCAAUCUCAGCACCCAAUCUUUGAUUUUACCUGAUGUUAGAGAUUACGAUCGUUUCGAGAAAAAAAUGACCAAUUUGAGGAUUGAUAACGGCGGAGAUCGUUUACAAAAAUCCGAUAAAAAGAUUCGUGAAAAGGUGUAUCAGUUACCUACAUCAAGCAAAGGAGAAGUUGCUGAACCUUUGUUAAUGUUACCCGAUGUACGCCAUUACGAGAAAGUGUACUCGCAAUUCCCACGUCGUCGUUUUAGCGUGUCGGAAAAUGUGAAAAACGAUGCUGAAUCGUUUGGGAUUAGGCACGACGGUGAAAUCAAAAGUUCGAAAGAUGGAAACCCUCAUAAACGUAACAGAGUAAGAUCGCGUCGUGGAAGAGGCAAAAAUUGGAAUAGUAACUCGUCAAAAUCUACCAAGGAUGCGGAUGGUUUUGAAAGCGAUUCGAGUGUUAAUUCAACGACAUCUGUAUCAUCCAAACUGAGUACAUGCAGCACUCCUGCCGUGUUUAGUGAUAAAAAAAGGUUCUCUUCUCCCAGAGGUACACAUUUAGAAAAAAAUCGAGGUUGGCGAAAUCAAAAUUUUCAAAGAAAAUCUCGCAAUGAUGUUUCUUCAAAAGAAAUUACAAAUGAAAAUAAAUCUGAUGCGGUGAAAAAAGUAGUGUAUCCUAGUAAAGAAGAAGCCCGUGCUCUGAAAUUGGAUGUAAAUAAACCCUUUGCAUCGGCUUUAGUUUGCUUGGGUAAGAGUAAGAUAGGAGCAGAACCUGUAUCUCUUACGGUUGGAUGUUUGGCUGAUAUUUAUGCGUUUGAAGAGAAUCAUUCGGAUUGUACACUAGUUGCGUACUGAUUACGUUUUUGAUACUCAUUUUAUUUCGUUUGUUCGUUUAUUAUUGUGUUUUCUUUGUACAUUUCAAGUACUUAUCGUGAAUUUUUUGUUGGAUUCAACUUUUUUUUACCAUACGUGAUACUCAUUCCUAACUGUAUGAUACUUUGAUGAUAUCUUACGUCUUUACUUGAAUUUUGUAUUUUUGAUUUUUGAUUAGAAAUAUUUUGUUCUGAAUUAUUA